ACCGUCUUGACUACUUAAAGCAGUAGAUGCUCAGAAGUCUAUUCUCGCCACCUAUCUAUACUUGCGAUUCACCAUGCAAGCGCAGACGACGACGCAAGGUCGAAUGCCUCACACUGGCGGUCUGCAAGACAGACGUGGACGACCUCUCCGACAAGUCACCCUCGAUCUCACUCCUCGUAUCGUCGGCACGGACAAAGUCGGUGGUCCAUUGACUCCACUACGUCGUAGUAGUCCUACUAGUCCUCUCGCCUUCGAUGGAACUCGUAUUCCUAGUGUUCCUUCUCCAUCCGCCUCGCCCCCAGAUACUCCACACCUCUCUGCACUGGAGCGAUUGGAUCGGUUACUGACAACCAUCGACUCUGUCCUCCGAGCGUAUUCUAUCGAUAGGAAUCACUCUCCUAUACAUAUGAGGUCUUUACAUAACUUUCUUCAUCGUGCUUCAGACUUGUAUCCCCACGAGGGACAGAACAGUUGGGAUGGCCCGGAUGAAGAUGAGGUGAAUCGAUUGGAGAAGGAAUGGUGGGGCAGUUGUGUGGUAGCUGCAUGGUAUGGUCCUCGACCGGGAUACGGUCCCAUGAAGAUGCUUGCUAAUGGGGGAAAUGAUAAUGGGGUCAGAAGACGAAGGAGGAGUAAGGAGUUGAGUUUGAAGAGAGAUUCGAGUUAUGUUGGUUUAG